GAGAUAUUAAACAUGUGAUGCUGGGGAAUCCCCCACCAGUUCAAAAUAGAAAAACUGCAAAACAUCUUUCUACUGCAAGUGCAUCACCCCACUCCAGCUGAAUUUCACCGAGCAAACUGGCAACACUGCAGGUUAGUGAUCAAAAGAAGGAUGCAACAAGAAACAUUGUGACUCCCUUUGCAGCAAAGAAAAUACAAUGAGCAAUAAGAUAAACGGACAUGAAGGCAAACAUAUAAAGAAGAGGCAAAGCUGUACGUUUGAGAAACUGGGGUGUAGGUUUAAGGGUGCGAGAUCAAAGGCUCACAAGCAUGAGGCUACGUCUAUCACACUCCACACGAAUCUGCUCCUGGAAGAAGUCCUCAGACUUGAAAAAACAGAGGAGGCGCGUAGCGAGGUCUUGGAGAAACUGAAUCGAUUAGCCGAGAGAGCUGAGAAACAUCUGGACAUGCAAGAGGAGGCAUCCUGUCCUGAUCUGAACGAGAAGCUGCAGGAGCUGUGUCACACCGUGCAGCUGCUACAGAUUCGAGUGCCCGGUCUCGAGAGCAAAACGGGAGAGCUCCAGAACAAGGUAGCCGUCACGUCUACGGCCAUGGAGAAAUGUGACGCACUGGCGAAGAUCAUGGAAAGAGAGUUGGAAUCUAAUAAACGGACAAUAAAUGCUCUGCAAGACAAGGUAAGACAACUUGAGCAAAACAUAAGCCUUUGCUUUCCAAUGAACGAUCUGCCAGUUGAAGUGGCACAAAACGGGAUCUUCAUUUGGAGUAUUGCACAGUUCCGCAGCCUGAGACAGGAAGCCAUCAGUGGUUUGAGACCCUAUUUGGAGUCGGAAGCAUUUUACACAAGCCAGUAUGGGUACAAAAUGAAGCUACGAAUCUAUUUGAAUGGCAACGAGCAAGCAAAGGGAACUCACAUUUCGCUGUACUUCACACUGCAGGCUGGGGACUUUGAUUCCCUGCUGAAAUGGCCCUUUGCAGAAACGGUGAGGCUCUCAAUCUUGAGUCAGACUAACAGAGAGGACUCGGCUGUGCACUGCCUUUCUCCAAGCGGGCUUCUGCAAUCCUUGCAGAAGCCGAGGGCGAAUGGAAACAUACCUUACGGAGUCCCAAUGUUCGUGUCCCUCACAGAGUUCUAUAGCAGGCUUGGGGAGUUUGUGAAUGAUGACACACUGUUUGUAAAGACAGAGGUCGAGCACAGAAAAGUGUAGGAAAAAAAAAGGUGCGUUAAAAGCAUUGUAUAAACAUGUCUGGUAAGCUGAAGAAAAUACUGCCUAUAUAAAAAAAUAGUACUUGUAUUCUAAAGCAGUAGUCAAUACAAUAGUAUAGUAUGGUGCAUAUUUACCAUAGUAUUCCAUAGUACUGCCGUGAAUUUGACCCAGUGGAUUCUUAAAGCUUUUACUGUACACUGCAGAGUGUUUUUCACUAAGUAUAGAUUCACCCAUUAUAGAUACCAAACCAGAACUGUGAUUGCGCUGAUGAUGAUUUGGGAGUAAAAAGCUUUGAUGGUCUACUAGCCCAGUGUGUUCAAUGUGAAACACAGAACAAUGAUCAGAAGCUAUUUGUUUGUAAUGUGUUUUCUUUAACAUAAUAAGUGAAGUCACAUUAUUUGUGUAAUCAGCAACACGUAAACUUGUAUUAAAUACAACAAGUAUACAGUAUACGUAAGGGACCAAUGGUUUGUUUGUCAGCUGAUAAUUUCUCCUCUGACUUCCUUACCGAUAUAAAAUAGGCAAGCAUUUGAGCUCAUGCCUACAUGACCCACAGGGUAUAUUCACUUGAUCUAAACACAGCUGUCAUUUAAAUCAUUAUUAUAAAUCUUGUACAGUAUGAAAAAUCAACCAAUUACUCUUAAAGGUUUGUCAAAUUUCCAGUAUAUCUAAUCCUGCGUACAGAUGUCAUCCCUGCAUUUCAUGUAGUGCACGAUUCUAAAGUCUUUUUUUUUUAAGUUUGUUAAAUGCUUACAGAUGCUUUAUUACAUUUUACUAUCCUUUUACUAUGGGAAGCAUUUAGAAGGGAGACGACAUCUCUUAAACAACUAGAGACACCCUAUCCACAAUGGAUUAACUUAUCAAACAAAAGAGAC